AUGGCUCGACGGCAAUUGGAACGGGGAUAUGACUCCGAUUCGUCGGGUGAAGGGGCAUACGAUUCCGACGGAGAAGCCCGGGUUUCUGAAAGCGAACAAGAAGAAGAAAUACAAAUGGAGGUUGAACCAGAAUUGAAUGAGGAAUCUGAGGAUGAUUUAUUUGCGAGUGAAGAUGAAAAGGCGAGUAACGCCGAUGAUAUAGGAAAAGAUAUCCGUACUGAAAAUUACGUCGACAAUAAUGAUGACUUCCAUGCUGAAAAUUACGUCGAUGAUGGUCCGCCUGUUUCUGCAUUCAAUGGUGAUUUUUCUGAAUCCGAUAAAGAAUCUGAUAAAGAUGAUUGGGACUAUUCCGAUAAUGAUGUCAAGUCCACGGCACAUGCACACCAGAAACAAUUGGAUCAAACAAUUAGUCGACAGAAGGCAUUGCAAGAAGAAUUGGAGUCCAUUGAUGUAACAGAAUUAGUGGAACUUUUAGUGUCAUUCUUGGAGCCUAGUGAGACACCGUUGGAGGCAUUGGCCAGACUCGGACCCCCUCUGAAACGACAUCACGGUAGAAGGAAAAAAAAUAAUAGUGCUUCAUCCGACGAUUCUUUGGAAUCAAAUAGGAAAUUCAAGGUGACUCAAAUCACAGAAACAUGUACCAAACUUGAAAGACAUGGCAUAGUACGGUCAUCUGUAUAUGAUACAAGCAGAGAAGAACUCAUGCGAUUAAGUCGCGCUGCUGCUUCGACGAGAGGAGUCAAACGAACUCGAGAUGAAACUGAAACCGAAGAUAGCAAUCCGUAUUAUGACCUUAAACAAUGGGAGUUCAAAUGGAAUGAAGAUGAUGUGGUUCUUGGACCUUAUACCUCUUAUGAAAUGGACUAUUGGAAGGAACAAGGACAUUUUAAUGACACUGUCGUAGUAAGGAAAUCCAGAGGACCAUUUAUGUCCAUUACAACCAUUGAAAAGUUCCGUUAG